AUGGAUCUCUCAUGGGUAUUAUAUGAGCCCAGGCACAGUCUUGUCAUCUGACCCAAGAAGACUGGUAGGCGGGCAACAGGACGCCUAAGAAAACAGCGGUCCGAAAUGGCGGGAUUUGCUUGUCUUCUCGUUUUCUGUGUCAGCGCCUCCAUCAUCGCGAACUGCUUUGCAAUGUUUACUUCGCCUCAUCCGCCUCACGAUGACCUGGUGCCAGUGGUGGCUUUUCAAGAGGAUGGGGUGCCUUCGCCCGACACUUGGGCGCUCUGGAAGGGCUCUUUCCCCGACCUGCACAACCUGACCUUCUGCAUGUGGAUCCAGACUUUCUACUGGAGGCUGUCCGGAACUCCCUUCAGCUAUGCAGUCAACGGCGCCAUCGACAACGGGAUAAUGCUAAGUAUACAGCAGAAUUUCAUAGCAGUUACUUACAACAAUGAGGAAGUUGUCAUGCACAUGAGGAAGAUUUCGCUGCUGCGGUGGACGCACCUCUGCUUCGCGGCGUCCGACGGUGGUUUCCAGCUCUACCUGGAGGGCGUGGCCGUCCCGAACCACUUGGUCGUCGCCAGAGGCAAGGGCUGGAAAGCUAAGCAGGGCCUGGAAGGCGAUGGGACGCUGGUUGUAGGGCAAGACCAGGACACUCCCGGGGGCGGUUUCAGUGCAUCGGACUCCUUUUCCGGCCUCAUCGCAGACCUUCGGGUGUUUGACAGGGUUCUGACGCAAAACGACAUCUCGGCAGCGGCCCAUUGUCAGAUGGCCAUCCCGAAUGCACUCAUUACCCUGCUAGAUAACGAUUGGGUGUAUAAUAAUGUAACAAGGAAUUCAGUCAGCAGGAAGGAAUUUUGCAGAAGCAACGAGGAACAGUUUUUCCUUGUUUUCCACCAGACUGUGAAUCUCGACACCCACAGGCAGUUGUGCAGCGCUAUAGGUGGUCACGUGCCGCAUGAAAAUUCAACACGGGAGAUUUUCAUGUCCUUGAUGGAAUAUGCUGUCUACUGGUACGCAAAUUUCAUUAAACUGCAUACCAGAAUCAUCAGUACAAACCUUACAUGUGAACAGCAAGACAUGUUUACCACGUUUGCUUUUUUGUGGAGGCCAGGAGAAGAGUCUUCCUACAGCAUUGACUGCAAAUCAACCUACAUGGGUGGCAAUUACUUUAUGUGUGACUUACGUAAGGAAACUAUUUAUAGACUUUACGGACUACCAGAAAACAUACAGGAUCAAGUGGAUAGUUAUUACUUCCUGUAUCGCAACCAUGGACAUCACUUGUUGCGAGGAAUUAGUAAAUCUUACAUCCAAUUCCGUGGCGAUCAGUGGUGCCUCUAUGCUCUCAUGAAGGAGGAGCCUUUCUACUGCUAUCUGUCAAAUUCAGACUAUCCCCCCAUAGGGCGCAGGGAAUGGAAUGCUUCGAAACUCUUGCUCACAAUAUGCGAUAGAAGCCAGUUUACAUGUGAUUCUGGCCACUGCGUCGAAAUUAACAAAAGGUGUAAUAUGCAUGCGGACUGCGAAGACAAGUCUGAUGAGAGUCAGUGCUCUUUAGUCAAGGUGAACCACCGUCAGUUCAAAAGCUUGGGCAGCAUGCCUUCAAGCCCAUUUUUGGUCGCUGGCAACAUCAGGGUUUCCAGCAUCCCAGAAAUAGAUAUCUCUCGUAGUGUCUUUACUACGCGUCUCUGGGUCAACCUGACAUGGCAAGACGACCGCCUCUAUUUGUACAACGUCAGGAAUUUAUCACUGAUUAAGAAGGAGAACUUCUGGGCAUGGCACCCUGAUGUGCAACUGAUACCUGUGAAGACGGGGGAGACGUCCAAGUCUACCAUUUUCACAGUCAGGAGGAAAUGUCCAGGUCAACCUACUUUGUGUUUGAUCACUGAAGAAAUCGAGUUCAGUCCGAACUGCUCCGAGAUCACGAUGCAGAGUUACUACCAAGUGGACUGGUAUUGCAACUUCGACCUGCGCAACUUCCCCUUCGAGACUGUGCUCUGCAACAUCACGCUCUUACUGAGGAACUACCAGCUCUGGGACGAAAACAACACGACGUUCAGUAUUCCUCAGACGAAGAACCUACAAUAUUGCGUGUCCCUCAGGGACGUGUUGGUGAGCGACUCGAAGCUGACCUUAACGCUGGCCUUCAGGCGGCAGUUCGACGGCUACCUCGUGACGACCUUCAUCCCCAUCGUGGUUGUAAGCUUCAUCGCCGCGCUGUCCUUCCUGUUCGACCCCGAGGACUUCACGAACCGCGUGAUGGUGACGCUGAGCUGCUUCAUCGUCGUGGCGUCGCUCUUCUCGCAGGUGUCGGCGUCGCUGCCGCCCACCUCCUACGUCAAGCUCAUCGACAUCGUGUUCCUGGGCGCCAUCUUCCUCCUGUCCUUCGUCUUCGCCUCCCACGUCGCCUUCGCCCUCCGUCGCCGCCGCGGGAGCAAGGGGGGGAAGCCCUUCGUUGUCCAGGUCGGCCCUCUCAGGAUGUAG